AUGGCCAUCUUGCUAGCAGUCACUCUGCCCGCGCCACAGACGCUCUUUAUCUCUGGCGAGGCAGGCGUGCCGUUCAGGCUGCUGGAGACGGCCGGCACUGACUGGUCCCCAGACGGCCUCCAGCCGACGGUGAAUGCACGCGUGGACGCCCGCUUGGUCCCCUCUCCAACAUCCCCCGACGGCAUGCGGCUGGACUAUGCGCAUGUGGUCGUGCUGGACGGCUUCUUUGGCGAGGCUGAGCGCCGGGACCUGCUGGACCUGCUGACAGCUCCUGGCUGGGACCACUUGCAGGGGCCGCCGGCGGCCAAGUGGGAGAGGGAGACGGCGGACGGCGCGGGGGCGGCCAAGACGUGGGGCCUGCGCGACGGCGUUCUGGGGCAGCUGGUUAGUGACCCGACGCCGGCCAUGUGCGCAAUCCACACGCGGCUGGCGCUGCUGUACCCCGAGGCCGACAUCGCGCACAUGCCCGCCGAGCACAUGCAUGCACCUGCCGCCGGCAUGCGCGCAUGCGCCGGCGCAUGCCAGAGCGCGAAUGCAGCUCCUGACCCGUCGGUGCCGGGCGACGUGCCUCGAGAGAGCGCCUGCGCCUCAGCAGAGCAGCCUGCAGUUGAGGAGGCUGCUGCUGGGCUUAGCCAUGCGCAAGGCAGCAGUGCAGACGAGCCAGCAUCAAAAGCAACAGGGAGCAGCCAUGCAGAGGGUAAUUGCACAGCAUGGCAGGUGGCAGUGUCGGAGCCGGGUACAGGAAAUAUCGCAAAUGGUGGAGGUGGGGAGUGCCAGGAGCAAGAACCCGCCGUCUUUUGCGCGCCGUUUGUGGGGAAUGCGGCUGUUGCGGGGGACCAGUACACCUGGCAUGUGGACGCUGAUCCGACAAGCUUUCCAGACAGCAGGUGGACGGAGGCGUUUGGGAAUUAUGUGAACGGGGAUCCCGGGCGGCCGCUGUUGGUGAGCCUGCUGCUGUACCUGGACGAUGCCUGGCCGCGCGACUGGGCCGCAGAGACACUCUUCCUCGACACCCAGACGGACGUGGGGUUGGUGGUGCGCCCCAAGCGCUACAGGGCCGUGCUGAUGGACCAGGAUGUGCUGCAUCGCGUCUCCGCGCCCUCUGCGGCUGCCGGCGGCCGGCCGCGCUACUCGCUCGUCUGGAAGCUGGCGUUCUUGCCAAAGGACGCAGGCCACGUGUGCUGCCUGGCCCGGCCGGAGUGGGGGCCACCCACCAGCAUCGGCUCUGCUGCCAGAGUGGAGGCCGUCAGGCGCAGCCUGGCACGCAAGCGCAAGGCGCGAGAGCCCUGCAGCUUAGAGGAUGUGCAACAGUCCUGA